UUUCAUUAAACAUCUAACCGAUACAGUCAUUCUAAAGUGCUACCAAACACUUUUCAUUGACAACAUAAUAUUUUUUUUCUACAUGAAUUUUAUUACUUCAGAGUGUGUGAAUUUUUUCUACGCAAAAUAUUCAAUGGAGCUGAAUAGUUUUUUGGUUAAAAAACUUUCCUGUUUUUCUUAACUUAUAUAAAGAUUUUUUUUCAAUUGAGUGUGUUUGUUAUUUCUCGCAUCGUCUGUGAUCUCUGUGCAAUUUGUUAGUUUUGUUUUUCAAAUUUUAAAACAAAGAUAAGAAAAAAAGACCUCAACAAAUUCCUCCAAAGUUUUUUUUCCUAAUUUAAAAUUGUGAGAUCUCUCAGUGUUCAAGCAAAAUAUUGUUUAGUCAUAUAAAUAUAUUUUUUUAAAAUAGUGCGAUUAAUUUACUUAAAGUUAAAAUAUAAAAAAUAAUAAUAAUAAUUAGUGAUGAUGAAAAGUGAAUUUAUGUCCAAUUUUGAAAAUGCCAACUUUAUCCUCAAUCCCACCUUUGAUGAGAAUAUCUUUCAAAUUCUUGAUCAUGACACAGCCGCCAUCCUCCCGGGCGGAAAUCCUCCUCCAGAAUUGGCGAGUCCGACUGGUGUAAAUGGGACGAGCAAUGGUCAGAGUGGUGUUGGAAUUGUCGGUAGUUGCUGUGCAAUUUGCGGUGAUCGAGCCACUGGAAAGCACUACGGUGCACCGAGUUGUGAUGGUUGCAAAGGUUUCUUUCGGCGAAGUGUCCGGAAAAAUCACCUGUACACAUGUCGCUUCUCGAGGAAUUGUGUAGUCGACAAGGAUAAAAGGAAUCAGUGUCGGUACUGUCGGCUCAGGAAAUGCUUCAAGGCUGGCAUGAAGAAGGAGGCAGUGCAAAAUGAGAGGGAUAGAAUCAGUUGUAGGAGGUCCAGUACAGAAGAUAGGGACACGGGAAAUGGACUUUCUGUGAUGUCACUGCUGAGGGCAGAGAUGGAGUGUCGUCAGUCGAAGAUUGGUGUGAUCCUCGAGAGUACAACAGAGAAUCUGGAGAACAAACAAUUCGCCAGUAUUAAUGAUGUGUGUGAGUCGAUGAAGCAGCAAUUGCUGAAUUUAGUCGAAUGGGCCAAACACAUACCAGCCUUCAAUGAACUUCAACUGGAUGAUCAGGUGGCUCUGUUGCGAGCACAUGCCGGUGAACAUCUCCUUCUGGGUUUGUCGCGUCGUUCGAUGCAUUUAAAAGACGUUCUCCUGCUCAGCAAUAAUUGCAUCAUUACAAAACAUUGCCCAGAUGCAUGCAUCUCGCCAAACUUAGACAUCUCGAGGAUAGGCGCCAGAAUAAUUGAUGAAUUGGUGCGUGCAAUGAAAGACAUCAAUUUGGAUGAUACGGAAUUGGCGUGUGUAAAAGCCCUUGUCUUUUUUGAUCCAAACGCCAAAGGACUCAAUGAACCUAAUAGAAUUCGGGCGAUUCGUCAUCAAAUAUUAAAUAAUCUGGAAGAUUAUAUUUCAGAUCGUCUGUACAGUUCAAGGGGUCGAUUUGGGGAGAUUCUACUGAUUUUGCCGGUACUGCAGUCGAUAACAUGGCAAAUGAUUGAACAAAUACAAUUUGCCAAACUCUUCGGAGUGGCUCAUAUUGAUAAUUUGCUGCAAGAGAUGCUUCUUGGAGCAGACAACUCAUCUCCCCUGCCCCCGGUCAUGAACAGCUACAGUCCAUCGCAGUCGCACCAGCAAAUGUGUGACCAAGUGCCUUCACCGCAGGAGCCAGUAUCAUCUCCAGAACAGCUCAUGUCUGAGCAUACGAUGCAUACCAGCCUGGAGAAUUCCCUGGAUGUUCCCAUGAUGCCCAUGGAUUCAGGAGCCAGUGAGGAUAUCUACAGGCGUUCAGAAGGUGUCGCUGCUGCGGCAUUCAAUCUUUCGCCGCCUCCAGUGAAGGAUGAAAAGUGUUUUAUGGGUUCCCAGGUGUCGUAUUCGAGCAUGGGGGAAUUUGCCCAGCAGCCUGGUGACAUGGAGUAUGGGAAUAUGGGACCAGGGAGCAAUGGGAAUGUGUCUCAUGCACAGGAACAUGCCGCAAUGUAUGAAGUGGCAGCACAAAGAAAAGUGACCACAUGUGCUCACCAGAUGGGCCUCGAAGGGUCCAAUGUGGGCCCUAUUGGCCUUCGGACCAAUUUCAAACAGGAACCGGAUCACAGAUUUUGAUCCACGGAGGAAAAAUUGUCUUUUACCAGACACUUUUUUUUCAUGUUCCUCUAGGAUGAAUUUACCACAAAAAAAAGAGUUUAUCUUCUUGAGUGCGGGGGGUUUAUUAUCAAUAUAUAUUUUUUCUUAUCAAACCUAUGUAAUUUUGUAAAGUGAAAGUUAUUUUUUAAGGUGUAUAUCUUGUAAGUGAAAAGAGAAUUUGUAAAAGAGAGAGAGAAAAAAAAGAAACGAGGAAGAGUUUGUUGCAAUCAUCUUUUUUUUUUACUAUAUUGAUACUCUGGCUGGAACAGUGAGACAGUGGCAAUAUUUUUAGUGCCUUUUUUCUUCUAAAUCAUAUAGAAGAAAAAUAAUCUUUGUAGAAAUAAAGAAAAAAAACUUGUUGGAAUAGUUUAAAAAUGGGUGAUUUUGAGAUUUAAUAGUUUAUUAUAAUGUUUUCAAUUUCUAAAUGUCUAAUAUAUUCGUGGCGAAUGUUUAAGAAAUACAAAUUUAUACCGAGUCUGUUAUACAGCAAUAAAAUACAUUUUUUUGAUCA